GCGCGGAACAGCGCAGUUGCCCUCAGUGGAGGAGGGCAAACAUGGCGCUGAUGGAGCUCGCCUCGCUGGAGAAGUCGUUAGGAUUUAAAAAAGCGAACAAAUACAGCACGCAGGGGAACAAUAAGACCCCUAUCCUCCAGAGUAACAAGGGUGCACCGCUGAUCGGACUUGUCACCAUUGCUUCCCACCUGGUGCAGGAGGCCGCUCAACCGGAGCUGCUCGGCCGGACAGCUGAGCAACGGGCCGUGGUGCGGCAGUGGCUUGAGUACAGGGUCACGCAGUUGGAUGGCUGCCCCAAAGAGGACAUAAGGUCAAUCUUGAAGGAGCUCAACCAGUACCUUGAAGAUAAGGUUUACUUGGCUGGCAGUGAUUUCACUCUGGCAGACAUUCUUUUGUACUAUGGAGUCCAUCACAUCAUGGCGGACCUCUCUGUCCAGGAGAAGGAGCAGCACAUGAAUUUGUCACGCUGGUUUGACCACAUACAGCACUACCCGGGCAUCCGGCAGCACCUGCCUCUCGUGGUUGUGCUGAGGAACAGACUGUACACAGGGGGACACCACUGAGCAGAUCCCUCCUCUAGCCGACCCCUCGCAGCUUCUCCGCAAAUGGUUGAGAUUCCAGAGCCCCAGACCAUGUGCUUGAGGAGGGAAACCCUUUGUGGAAAGACCUGGAGAAUCAACAAUAGCAACGGGCAGUGUGACCUGAAGCAGAUGUCUCACCUUAUUUUGGAUUUUUAAAAUUCUCUUAUGUCAGAUGCAUGUUUCAUAUUAAUAGUGUAAUUUAAUGAUUUACAGUAACUACAGUGACUAGGUGCUGCAGGUCAGGAUAUUUGGGUUUACUGUUCAGGUCCAACUAGAACAGCCACCUAGAUUUUGUUGUGUAGAGAUGUGAAUUCUCACUUCUGUUUAAUUUAGAAAGUGACAUUUUAAGAAGGGAAACUAAAAAAAUAAAUGUGUAACUGUAUCGCUGUUCGUCAAGUGAGGGGGUCCUUUUUUUUUUUUUUUUUUUCCUCCCCUCAUUUUGCUGCUUCUGCAGUUGACAAUAUGUGUGCUUAGGUUAGACUGACUGACUCCACAGAAGUUCCUUGGCUAGAGGGGGCUGACGCACAUUUCCAGCCACCAUGCAGCAAUCGCGGCUUGACAGCAGUGUCCGUGGGGCCCCCAUGAGGCUUUCCUCGAACCCCAAGCCUGUUCAUGGAGCUGCAGGGUGGGAUGUCCUUCAUUGUGUCUCAGCCAGGAGCAGACACACUCCACUGGCCUCUUCCCCCUGAGUCACACACUCCUUUGCAGGUAUUGUUGGCCUGCGCUGUUGCAGUUUUGUUUGUAAACUGCACACACACGCACCAUCCCACAGUCCUGAUUCUUUUACCUCACUAGAAACCUGCUUAUAGGAACACACCACAACCUCAUUAUUCAGGGCAUUUGGGAGGGAAUCUGAAGCCAAGAUAAUAUGUCAGGUUUUCUAGCCAUGAUGAUCAUUCGAUUAGACUUGAUGUGCCAAGAGGACGGCAGUUUGAUUUGGACUGACGGGUGACAGCCUUGUAGCGCAUGGAGCAAACAUGGAAGAGUCCAACACAUGUCCUGGAUGGGAGAACAGUGCGUGUCCUCUACACGGUGCAGUGCGACAUGAAAAGAGCCGGAACGCAGAGAAUAAAUGUGCAAAUGUAGUGUUGCCGUGUUACUGAAAUUGCCCCACAUGAGCCCUCUGACUGGACUGUGUGCUGCGCUGAAACGCUCUAAUUUGGGCCUCUGACUUGGGUUCUCAUCCUGUGCCAAGAAAUAAAGGGAGACUUGGAGUGA